GACCGGGCUGGAGUCUGAUACUCUCUGUGGGAAUGCAUUAGUAUCCAUGUAUGCAAAAUGCGGCGGCGGAAGCGGAAUCACGGGUGAUGUCCGAAACGCGUUCUCUUCAAUUCGCUGCAAGGAUGUUGUUUCAUGGAAUUCGGUCAUCGCGGGAUACUCCGAGAACGGGUCGUUCGAGGAAGCGCUCGCGCUAUUCGGCCAGAUGAUCUCGGAGGGCUGCCUUCCGAAUUAUUCAACGGUGGCUAAUAUUCUCCCCGUAUGCUCAUUCAUGGAGCGCGGCAGGCACUACGGCAAAGAGGUACACGGUUUCGUGUUCCGGUCUGGCUUACACACGGACGUAUCUGUUUGCAACGCGCUGAUGGCCCACUAUUCCAAGGUGUGUGAAAUGGGGGUCGUGGAAUCAAUAUUCACAAGUAUGGGUUCAAGAGAUAUAGUUACGUGGAACACAAUGAUGGCUGGGUAUGCGAUGAACGGGUACCACUCCAGGGUGCUAGGCCUGUUCCGUAGGCUUCUGUCUACAGGGAUGGCCCCGGAUUCAGUUUCAUUCAUCAGCCUGCUCACUGCUUGUGCUCAAGUAGGUGAUGUGAGAGGAGGGAUGGGGGUUCAUGGCUAUAUUUUUCGACGUCCAGCACUUCGUCGGGAAACAUCCUUGAUGAAUGCUCUUGUUACUUUUUAUAGCCAGUGUGACAUGCUUGAUGAGGCACUUAAUUCCUUUCACGAUAUUUUGGACAAGGAUUCUGUAUCAUGGAAUGCAAUUCUAUCAGCCUGUGCUAACAGAGGACACCAUAUUCAGGAGUUCGUCAGGCUCUUCAGUGCAAUGUGCUGCAAGGUAACUCGUUGGGACUCGAUCACGAUCUUGAAUGUUAUCCGUGUGAGUGCCUCCUGUGGGAUUAAGAUGGUUCGGGAAGCUCAUGGAUGUUCCUUGCGAGUUGGUUAUAUUGGUGAUAUUUCUGUUGCAAACGCUAUUAUUGAUGCAUACGCAAAGUGUGGCCACACGCAGGAUGCGGAUAUGCUUUUCAGAAACCUUGCAGGUCGGAACAUUGUAACAGACAAUACCAUGAUUUCCUGCUACCUGAAAAAUAACAGCGUAGAGGAAGCUGAGAUGAUUUUCCACCAGAUGUCUGAGAAAGAUCAGACAACAUGGAAUCUCAUGAUCCAGUUGUAUGCACGUAAUAACAUGUGUGACCAAGCUUUCAGUCUGUUUCAUCAGUUGCAGUGUCCUGAUGCUGUCAGCAUUACAAAUAUUCUCCUAGCUUGCAUCCAGUUGAGUUCAGUACAACUUGUGAGAGAAUGCCAUGGCUACAUGCUCAGAGCAUCCCUAGAAGACAUUCAUCUUGAAGGAUCUCUUCUUGACGCGUACUCGAAGUGCGGGAAUAUAGCCAAUGCAUUCAACCUAUUUCAAAUCAGCCCUAACAAGGACAUUGUCACAUUCACUGCCAUGAUAGGAGGUUAUGCAAUGCAUGGAAUGGCAGAAGAGGCAGUAGAGCUGUUUUCUGAUAUGCUUACACUUGACAUCAAACCAGACCAUGUAGUUCUAACUGCUCUGCUGUCAGCCUGCAGUCAUGCUGGGCUUGUUGAUGCAGGAAUCAAGAUUUUCAAGUUCGCCAGAGAGAAUUACAGAUUCGAACCGACAGCAGAGAACUACACAUGCAUGGUUGAUCUUCUUGCCCGUGGUGGGCGUCUCCAAGAUGCAUACAGUUUUGCGUUGGAUAUUCCCCCUCACUUGGCCAAUGCCAAUGCAUGGGGCUCUCUGCUAGGUGCGUGCAAUGUCCAUGGAGAGGUCAGAAUCGGCCAGCUCGCAGCUGAUCAGUUGUUUGCCAUGGAGGGUGGGGACAUGGGGAACUAUAUUAGCGUUUCAAACAUCUAUGCAGCUGAUGAGAAAUGGGAUGGUGUUGAGUAUGUCAGGAAACUGUUGACGUCCAAGGAUAUGAAGAAACCUGCAGGAUGCAGCCAGGCACUUGUAUAUAGCCAGUAAUGUUAAACACAAAGAUUUGAGGUAAAUAAGUAACAUGCUGCCAUCCACCGGAUCACAGCAUGCAUCUUGUAACUGAAGCAGGAGGCAAUUAAAUUAUGUGCUAUCUCCAUUGGAACUCUCUUUUUGGUUUUCUACAAAACCAGGUUUACUCUGGAAGUCUUGUUAGCAGUUUCUGGCAUUGGGAAUGUCAGCACUGUCAUCUACUUUAGCAAACCUGAUUAGACCUCUGCUACCGGUGUUAGUCUGGCUGAUGAAACACCACAAGCAGAAGGAAUCAGAGUACGUCAUCGUCAGGUGGCUGAAGAAAAGAGACAGAUUAACAUACACUCGCUGCAUUUUUUUUUUCGAGUGGACAUACAUACACUCGCUGCA